AUGCAAUUUCAACUGACCCUUUUUUUGCACCUUGGAUGGCUCAGUUGCUUGAAAGCUCAAGAUGAAUGCAGCAGGGGUGCCUGCCGUCCUACCCCAGGCAAUCUCCUUGUGGGACGUAGCACACAGCUUACAGCAUCCUCUACCUGCGGGCUGAAUGGAGCCCAGAAAUACUGCAUCCUCAGCUACCUAGAGGAGGAACAAAAAUGCUUCCUCUGUGACUCUCAAUUUCCAUACAAUCCGUACACCCAACCGAACAGCCAUACAAUUGAGAAUGUAAUUAGGAGCUUUGAACCAGACAGAGAAAAGAAAUGGUGGCAAUCUGAAAACGGUCUUGAUCAUGUCAGCAUCAGAUUGGACCUAGAGGCAUUGUUUCAGUUCAGUCACCUCGUACUGACCUUCAAGACUUUUCGGCCUGCUGCAAUGUUGGUAGAACGGUCCACAGACUACGGACACACCUGGAAAGUGCUCAAAUAUUUUGCAAAGGACUGUGCUGCCUCUUUUCCUGACAUCACAUCUGGCCAGGCCCAGGAAGUGGGAGACCUUGUUUGUGACUCCAGAUAUUCAGAUAUUGAACCCUCAACGGGUGGUGAGGUUGUUUUAAAAGUUUUGGAUCCCAGUUUUGAAAUAGAAAACCCUUACAGCCCUCAUAUCCAGGACCUUGUGACAUUAACAAACCUGAGGAUAAACUUUACCAAGCUCCAUACCCUGGGGGAUACUUUACUUGGAAGGAAGCAGAAUGGGUCCCUUGAUAAAUACUACUAUGCGCUGUAUGAGAUGGUCAUUCGAGGAAGCUGUUUUUGCAAUGGCCAUGCCAGUGAAUGUGGCCCUAUGCAGAAGGUGCGUGGAGAUGUUUUCAGCCCUCCAGCAAUGGUUCAUGGUCACUGUGUCUGUCAGCACAAUACAGAUGGCCCCAACUGUGAGAGAUGCAAGGAUUUCUUCCAAGAUGCUCCUUGGAGACCAGCUGUGGGCUCUCAGGACAACACUUGCAGAUCGUGCACCUGCAACGGCCACUCUGACCGCUGUCACUUUGACAUGACCACGUACCUGGUGAGCGGUGGCCUCAGCGGAGGCGUGUGUGAGGACUGCCAGCACCACACUGAGGGCCAGCACUGUGACCGCUGCAGUCCCCUUUUCUACAGGGAUCCCCUCAAGGCCAUCUCGGAUCCCUACGCGUGCCUCCCUUGUGAAUGUGACCCUGACGGGACCAUAUCUGGUGGCAUUUGUGUGAGCCACUCUGAUCCUGCUCUGGGGUCAGUGGCUGGCCGGUGCCUGUGUAAGGAGAAUGUUGAAGGAGCCAACUGCAACCAGUGCAAACCCAACCACUUCGGACUGAGUGCUUCGGACACGCUGGGCUGCAGACCCUGCAACUGUCACCCCCUUGGGAGUCUGCCAUCCUCAACUUGUGAUGUGGACACAGGCCAAUGCUUGUGCCAGCCCUAUGCCUCUGGACUACGCUGUGAAGAGUGCAUUGUUGGGUACUGGGGCCUGGGGGACCAUCUCCAUGAAUGCUCUCCCUGUGACUGUGAUGCUGGAGGUGCUUAUUCUAACAUGUGUUCACCCAAGGAUGGACAGUGUGAGUGUCGCCCACAUAUCACUGCCCGCACCUGCACUGAACCUGUGCCUGGGUACUUCUUUGCUCCAUUGAAUUUCUACCUGUAUGAGGCAGAGGAAGCGACACCACUCCAAGGACUUGCACCUUUGGGAAAGAAAUUUACAUUUCUCUUGGUGACUUUUGGCCAGGCGUCUGCUGUUCACAUUGUUUUCCAAAGACCCAAUCCUGAGAAUCCUGUCACUUGGACUGGACCUGGAUUUGCCAGGGUUCUCCCUGGGGCUGGCUUGAGAUUUGCUGUCAACAACAUUGCUUUUCCCAUGGACUUCACCAUCGCUGUUCGCUAUGAGACUCAGACUGCAGCUGACUGGGCUGUCCGGAUUGUGGUCCACUCCGCUGGAGUGAGCAAGCACUGCACGCACAAGACUCCACAGCAAACGCCUCAGACUUUUGCCUUACCAGCAGCGGCCAGAAUCGCGCCGCUUCCCACAGCCAUCUGUUUAGAACCGGAUGUGCAAUAUUCCAUAGACCUCCACUUUUCUCAGCCUUUGGAAGGUGGGCCCUACACGCAUCCCCACAUCCUGGUUGAUUCUCUUAGCCUUGUUCCCCACAUCAAUUCACUGGCGAAUUUCUGCAGCAAGCAGGAUGUGGAGGAGUACCUGCUGCACGACUGUGCUGAAAACACCUCAGAAGUGGGACCUCAAGUGGUCCCUGGUGUGUGUGAAAGGCUCAUAGUCAGCAUGUCUGCCCAGCUGCAUGAUGGGGCAGUGGCCUGCAAGUGUCACCCCCAGGGUGCGAUCGGGUCCAACUGCAGCCGACUUGGAGGCCAGUGCCAGUGUAAACCCUACGUGGUCGGACGUUGCUGUGACAGGUGCUCAGCUGGAAGCUACGGUUUGGGGCAUCAUGGCUGUCACUCAUGCCACUGCCAUCCUCAAGGCUCCAAGAACACCAUAUGUGACCAAGUAACUGGCCAGUGUGCCUGCCGUGGAGAGGUGGCAGGCCGCCGCUGUGACCAGUGCCUGGCGGGUUACUUUGGGUUUCCCAGUUGCCACCCUUGCUCUUGUAAUGGGUUUGCUGAACUUUGUGAUCCAGAUACAGGGUCAUGCCUAUAUUGCAGAGGCUUUACAACUGGAAGAAACUGUGAGAGGUGCAUCGAUGGUUACUAUGGAAAUCCUUCUCUAGGACAGUCCUGCCGUCCUUGCCUGUGUCCAGAUGUUCCCUCCAGCAAUCAGUAUUUUGCCCAUUCCUGUUACCAGAAUCCUUGGAGCUCAGCUAUAAACUGCAGUUGUCUUCAAGGUUAUGCAGGUAUUCAGUGUGGAGAAUGUGCCCCUGGUUUCUAUGGUAAUCCAAGAGUUUCUGGAGAGCCUUGCCGGCCAUGUGCCUGCAAUAACAACAUAGAUGUAACUGAUCCUGAGUCCUGCAGCAUGGUAACAGGGGAGUGCCUUAAAUGUCUGCACAACACUGGGGGCCCAACCUGCCAGCUCUGCAAACCAGGUCACUUUGGAUCAGCCCUCAAUCAGACCUGCAGAACCUAUGUCCCAGGGUGUUCCUGCCAUCCUUCCCGGAGGGGCGCGAGCGCCGGCGUGCAGGGCGCAGUGCGUGACGGCGAGGCGGGCGGCGGGUGCCGGCGGCGUGGGGGGGAGGAGCGGUCGGGCCCCGGUGCGCGCGCGCGGGUCGGCCCCGCGGGCCAGCGCGGGCCCGGACCGGCGCGGGCGCCGCGGGCGGGCGGAGAGGCCGGGGGGCGCGCGGGGGGCGCGCGGCGAGGCGGGGG